AUGGGUUUCCUCUCAUUANNAAAAAAGCCCGACGAUGAGGUCGGUGCAGCAUGGCCUUCCAUCAUGGUCGGCGCCUUCGCUGCCUUUGCUGGUAUUCUCUACGGUUACGAUACUGGUACCAUCUCCGGUAUCCAGGAAAUGCCUUUCUGGAUUGAACAAUUCAAUGACCCCGCUGCUCACGGCAAGAUCUCCCUAAUCGUCUCCAUUCUCUCAGUUGGUACCUUCGUUGGUGCUCUCGCUGCUGGUCUCAUCGCCGACUGGACUGGUCGCAAGUGGGGUAUCAUCCUCUGUGCUGCUAUUCCUUUCAACCUCGGUGUCAUUCUCCAGGUCGCUUCUACUGAGCAGAGCAUGUUCAUCGCUGGUAGAUUCUUCGCUGGUCUCGGUGUUGGUCUCGUCUCCGUUCAGAUUCCCAUGUACCAGGCCGAGACUCUGCCCAAGUGGAUUCGUGGUUUCAUCAUCGGUUCUUACCAAUUGUGCAUCACCAUCGGUCUGCUCAUCGCCUCUCUGGUCAACUACGGUAAUGGCUCAUACCGCAUUCCCCUCGCAAUCCAAUUCGCCUGGUCGUUGAUCCUGUGCUUCGGAAUGUUCAUGCUUCCCGAAACCCCUCGUUUCCUCAUCAAGAAGAACAAGCCCGAGAAGGCCAGAAAGUCCCUGCACUUCCUUCGCCGUCUUCCCGCCGACCACCCCGCCAUCACCGCCGAGCUCGCCGAGAUCACUGCCAACUACGAGUACGAGCUUUCUCUCGGAACUGCUUCAUACCUCGAGUGCUUCAGAGGCAACACUGGAAAGCGUACCUUUACUGGUAUCGCACUCCAGUCCCUCCAGCAGCUUGUUGGUGUCAACUUCAUCUUCUACUACGGUACAUCCUACUUCAGCAGAAACGCACCUGCCGACCCUUCCAUUCAAUGGUUGCCCAGUGCCUUCAUUCUCUCAGUCAUCACCAACGUCAUCAACGUCAUCUCGACCUUCCCUGGUCUCUGGGCUAUUGACCGCUUCGGUCGUCGCCCCGUUCUUCUCGCCGGUGCUCUUGGUAUGGGUAUCUCGCAGUACAUUGUUGCUGCCGCUGGUGUCGCAACCUCGCCUACCGACUACACUUCGGCUUGCGCUCAGUUCGCCUUCAUCUGUAUCUACAUCUUCUUCUUCGCCUCCACCUUCGGACCUGCCGCUUGGGUCGUCACUGGUGAAAUCUUCCCCCUCAAGGUUCGCGCUAAGUGUCUUUCCAUGACCACUGCCGCCAACUGGUUCUUCAACUGGCUCCUUGCCUUCAUCACUCCCUACCUUACUGAAGUUCAGUACGCCAACCUCGGCCCCAACAUCUUCUGGAUCUGGGGUGGCUUCUGCUGGAUUGCUGUCGCCUUCGUCUGGACUUUCAUCUACGAGACCAAGGACCUUUCUCUUGAGGAGGUCAACGAGCUGUACAACACUGUCGGCAAGGCAUGGAAGAGCAAGGCUUACCGCCCCAUGAUCAGCCAGUCCAACGGCGAUUGGGAUGCUGCUCGCUCCAAGGCUGUGGCUGAGGGCAAGACCUCGCAUGCUCCUAGCGAUGAGAUGCUUGAAAAGGCAUAG